GAAUUUAUUUUGGAUAUAACACGGAAGUAGCGGAAAAUGGUUGAUAGACUAGUCAACAGUGAGUCCAAUGCUCGCAGAAUUGCGUGUGUUGAGGAUGCAUUUGGAUCUUCUGGCCAGCCCCUGGCUGUAUCAGGCAGGGUUCUUGUGGGGGAAGGUGUACUGACAAAGAUGUGCAGGAAGAAGCCUAAACCUCGGCAGUUCUUCCUCUUUAAUGAUGUCUUGGUGUACGGAAAUAUAGUAAUCAACAAGAAAAAGUAUAAUGUACAGCACAUACUGGCGUUAGAGGAUGUUAAAAUUGAGAGUGUAGAUGAUAUAGGAAAUUUGAGGAAUGGGUUCAAAUUGAUCAGUCCAAAGAAGUCGUUUGUUGUGUAUGCAGCCACAGCUGUAGAGAAACAGCAAUGGAUUUCUCACAUCAAGAAGUGUGUCACAGACCUUUUGAAUAAAAGAGGUGUUACCCAGAAUUCUGUUGAUGAUUCCCCGGUGUGGAUACCCGACUCCUCGGCCUCCAAGUGCAUGCUUUGCAAGCGCUCACAGUUCAACAUGAUUAAUAGACGGCACCACUGUCGGAAGUGCGGUCUUGUGGUGUGUAAUGACUGCUCUAGCAAGCGGUGGCUGCUCCCCCAGCAGUCCUCAAAGCCUCUACGCGUGUGCCUUACCUGCUACGAGAAACUAUCUAACGCUAAAAGUUCAGGGCCUGAUCACAUGUACGAUGAUUACCCUGGUACAGGUGCGUUGGGCCUCCCACCAAGCAGGCCGGGGCAAGAGGAUUCAUCUGGGGAGGAUUCUGAUGAGGAUGAGGAGCAAGAUGCAGUGUAUCAGGGCAUUCCAGAGGACCAGUUCCAUAGCUAUGAAACUUAACAUAUAUACCAGAAAGACGACAAUCCAUCGAGCAUGACAAUACUUUACUGAUAGCUGUACUGCUUUCCACAGAACUGUUCAGUGUAGCUUUUUUGCCUGUGUAUAUUUUUCAGCUCUUGGUUUCCCCCAAAAAAAUUAAGUUUAUAAGACAAUUGUUAUUUGUCAAAAGCAGCUUUAUUUUAUUAUUUUUUUAAUUUUUGUUUUGUUAAGUGAUCAUAUAUAAAGCCUUUUUAAACAUCCGUUUAAAAAAAAGGGACGUAUUAUAGUUUCACCUUGGCGGCGGGCGGGCGGCGUCCACAACAGUUUCCGCUCUCUAAUUCAAAUAGUUUUCAUCCGCACAGCAGUUUCCACUCUCUAAUUAAAAUAGUUUUCAUCCGAUCUCCAUCAAACUUGGUCAGAAGUUGUAUCUAGACAAUAUCUAGGUCAAGUUUGAAUAUGGGUCAUGCCGGGUCAAAAAUUAGGUCACAUGGUCACUUAGUGCAUUUCAAGCAUUUAGCAUGGUGCCUGCUCCCUUAUUGAAGUAGUUUUCAUCCGAUCUUCACCAAACUUGGUCAGAAGUUGUAUCUAGACAAUAUUUAGGUCAAGUUCGAAUAUGGGUCAUGCUGGGUCAAACACUAAGUCACAGCGUCACUUAAAGCAUUUCAAGCAUUUAGCAUGGUGUCCGCUCUCUAAUUGAAGUAGUUUUCAUCUGAUCUUCACCAAAUUUGGUCAGAAGUUGUGUCUAGACAUUAUCUACAUGUAGGUCAAGUUCAAAUAUGGGUCAUGACUGGUUAAAAACUUGGUCACAAGGUCACUUAGUGCAUUUCAAGCAUUUAGCAUGGUGUCCACUGUUUAAUUGAAGUAGUUUUCAUCAGAUCUUCACCGACUUUUGUCAGAAGUUGUGUCUAGAUGAUAUGUAGGUCAAGUUCAAAUAUGGGUCAUGGUAAAGUUAUCAAGUUGUUCAAAGCCUUAAAACGGGGGUAUCUUGUGACAGAUUGGCACUCUUGUUAUAUCAAGGAAUAUGCACUUUGUAAAUGUGUAUUUCUUAAUUUUGAUUUUCAGGCAUUCCAACAUUCUAUUCAAAUUCAAUAACAAAAGUGUUUUUAUGCUCCCGGAUCGGAAGAUCGGGGGUAUAUUGUUUUAGGCCUGUCUGUCAUUGUACGUGUCCGUGUGUGUGUCCCAAAACUUUAACCAAAACUUUAACCUUGGUCAUAACUUUUGCAAUAUUGAACGUAGCAACUUGAUAUUUGGCAUGCAUGUGUAUCUCAUGGAGCUGCACAUUUUGAGUGGUGAAAGGUCAAGGUCAUCCUUCAAGGUCAAAGGUCAAAUAAAAAAUUCAAAGCGGGGCAUUAGGGGCAUUGUGUUUCUGACAAACACAUCUUUUGUUAUACGCCCGUUUUUUAAAACAGGAUGUAUUACAGUUUCACCCUUGGCAGGCUGUGGGCGGGCGGCGUCCACCGCAGUGUCCGCUCUCUAAUUCAAAAAGUUUUCAUCCGAUCUUCACCAAACUUGGUCAGAAGUUGUAUCUAGACAAUAUCUAGGUCAAGUUCGAAUAUGGGUCAUGCCGGGUCAAAAACUAGGUCAUGGGGUCACGUAGUGCAUUUCAAGGAUUUAGCAUGGUGUCCGCUCUGAAAUUGAAGUAGUUUGCAUCCGAUCUUCACCAAAUAUGGUCAGUAGUUGUGUCUAAAGGACAUCUUGGUCAAGUUCAAAUAUGGGUCAUUCCGGGUUAAAAUUUAGGCCUCUAGGUCACUUAGUGCAUUUGAAGCAUUUAGCAUGGUGUCCAAAACCUUAAACGGGCGUAUCUUGUGACAGUUUGGCACUCUUGUUGUAAUUGUAAUAAGACAAGACUGAAGUGUAUACUUUGUUUUUGGUGUAACUAUCUGCAAUGAUAUUUAUAUUGAGUUUAUCAUCUUAAUAGAUGGAUAAUGGCUGUGAUAAUGAUGAUGGCACAGUCUAAAGUAUAUGAUUUUAUACUUAGAAUCCUUAAAUAUUUUAGGACUUCAGCUGUACAUCCACACAAUGUCAUGACUGUUUGAUAUUAUAUAAUGAUCAGUUAAUCAUGCAGUGUGAUAUACUGUUUUCCAAACAAUGUAAUAACUAUUUAUUUUUCUGUAUUAACCCUGCUAUUCUGUUUUGUGUAAAGAGCAUGAUUUAACAAGUAUUGAAUGUAUUUAAAUGAACCUUGAUAUAAUGGGAUUGGCUUGAAGAGAAAAUGCAGAUUUUAAGGAACACAACCCUCCCCAGUUUUACAUAGUUAUUGCCAUUUGCUAAUGUUUCAUGUGAAAAGCAUGAAUUCAUAAGUAUUGAAGAGAAUAAAAGGGAAUGUGAUGAGUUCAAAGAGGACAUUAAGAGAGAGGCCUGGGUAGGAAAACAAUUUCGCUUUUUAUAGUACUUUUUUGUGCUGAACACAAGUACAUGCUGUUUUUUCUAAUGCAAACCAUAAUUCUGAAAAUAUCAAAAUAAUAUAAAUUAAACUACAUAUAUUUAUUGAAGGCUCUGAAUGGAAGUGCAGAUUUGAAGUAACAUAAUAAUGAACGCUAUAAUUUCAUACAAAUGAAGAUGUUUAUAUAUACAUCUGUAGAGAAUUUUUUUAAUUAGUAUAGCUUGCAAGAACUUCAACCAUCUCUUUAUUGUUUUUUAAGUUAUUUCCAGAUGGGUUUUUUCUUUCGCACAACCCAAUUAGUGUUAUGUUAUUGUGCAGAUCAUAGCUCAAACAGUAUCAAAGGGAUUCAAAGGAAACUUCAUACAAUUAUAGAAGACUGAGAGAAUAUACCAUGGACAGGAAACACUUACUUUCUCUAAAAUAUUUGGUUAUUCUCCUUUGUUUAAUGUUCUUGUGCAAACAAAAACAACUAGAGUAUAAUUGAUUGCAAUGAAAAUAAAGGUAUAUGCAAUUUUUUUUACAAAUAAAGAAAAUGUGUCUGUUUUCCUGUUUUCCCCCACUUCGAUGAAAACUGUAGGGGGCGGGUGUGAGUCGGGGGUUUAUUGUUGGCAAAAUGUUGCAACAAUAGUUUGACAGGAAAUAGCAGUUGCAUUUUAUCCCAUUCCAAACUUGAGUAUUUAGCUAUUUGAGAGGAUUGAAGAUUUGUUGCUCAUAUGAUAUGCAUGCAAGAUGAAUUAUCAUUAUAUUUUAUUAAAGUUCACUACAAAACUGUAAAUAUUGGACAUUCAUUUAUGACUUUUUGACUAAAUUGUGCUGUUUCAUAAUAUGUACAAUAUAAACAUGUUUAUUUUCAGAUCAUUAUGUGAUGACCACCAACUGUUGAAUGAAUUUAAUUACCGGUUAUACUAUUUGUGUUGAUUGUUGAAGUAUUCUCAUAUUUCUCUUCUAAGCUGACAUAUCAUGACUGUGAUGAUGUGAUUUCAUUUAAUCCAAGUACUUGUAGUUAAAACAUGACUGAUGACUAAAACAGCUAUAACAAGGGUGAUAAGAAUUAUGCUUAAAACUAAUUAUUGCCCACUCUGCAUUAACAAGCAUGAUCUCCCAUUAUGUGCUAAAUACAGUAAUUUUUACCGCGGCUGUUUUCGGAGAAAACCCAAGGUAUUGUCAUGGCCAGCUCGUCAUGUCUUGUGGUGUCCGUCGUCGUGUCCGUCGUCGUGUCGUAGGCCGUCCGCGUCGUGCUAAAACCUUAACAUUUUGUCUUGGUUUUGAACAUUGGCUCUAAAAUCAAAGUGCUUCAAACUACAACUUUGAAUCUUCAUAUGUAGCUGCACCUUGAUGAGUUCUACAUGCCACACCCAUUUUUGGGUCACUAGGUUAAAGGUAAAGGUCACUGUGACCUCUAAAAAAGAAAAAAAAUCUGUCAAGCUUUCAUUUAAUCAAAACUGCACCCGCAGCCAAGCCUGGCACCUGUUAUGCGGUGCUCUUGUUAUUAUCUCAUUCAGUUUAAAUAGCUUUAUAGAAAACUGCCAAAUCAUAGUUAGUAAACCCUUCUUUAUAUUGUUUACAAUAUUUCCUCUCCUGCAUAUUGAGUUUUCCUAUAACUUCUUAUGACGUCGGCAGCAAUAACAUAAACUAAUGUUUUGCCUGUUUUUUUUAAAUUUAAAUUGUCAGCAUACGCAAACACAUUUGUCAUAAAAAUUUUAUUAUCUUUAUGCCAAGUAUCUCAUCAUUCUAUGAAAAUGUAUGACACCAGGCAUAAUGUAUCUGAGAGUUUUUAAUCAAAACAUGAAUUGAAUAUAAUUAUAAGUUAUCCAAUUGUCAAUAUUUAAGUAAAAUUAUUUGACAAUUUUCGUUAUUUUCAUUUUUAUUCACUUUAAUUUAUAAAGAUGCUGAAAGAAAUGUUCUAUCAUCGGAAGAAUUGUUUACACGUUUCUAGCAAAUAUUUUGUUUCGACAUGAAUAAAUAGAAUAUAAAUGAAUAUUGAUAAAUAUAUUUUUUAAUAACCACAAAAAUAUGGUAACGAAAACUAUAGUGUUAAAAAUGCGUGUUUUACUAACUUCUUUAUUCAGGUAAACUGCAUUUUGUGAUGUUACAUUUAUGAAAAGUUAAUAAAUAACAGAAUUUCUAUUAAAUGUUUGGUCUAGGUUCUUAUGGAAGUUUUAGGAAUCCAUAACCUUCUAAUAGCGUUUGUAUAUUUAAACGUGAAAGAGCCUGUCUCUUUCAAACCUGUGUACGAUUGUUAGAUUUAAUACUGUAUACAAUGACAUGUAUUGUUGACGCAUAUUAAUUAGUUUUUUAGCUCAUCUAUUUUUUGAAAAAAAAAAGAGCUAUUGUCAUCACGUCGGCGUCGGCGUCCGGAUAAGUUUUGCGUUUAGGUCCAUUUUUCUCAUAAAGUAUCAAUGCUAUUGCAUUCAAACUUGGUACACUUACUUACUAUCAUGAGGGGACUGGACAGGCAAAGUUAGAUAACUCUGGCUUGCAUUUUGACAGAAUUAUGUGCCCUUUUUAUGCUUAGAAAAUUGAAAAUUUUGGUUAAGUUUUGUGUUAAGGUCCAUUUUUAGCUCAUGUAUUUUUUGAAAAAAAUUAUGAGCUAUUGUCAUCACCUUGGCGUUGGCGUCCGGUUAAGUUUUGCGUUCAGGUACACUUUUCUCAUAAAGUAUCAAUGCUAUUGCAUUCAAACUGGGUACACUUACUUACUACCAUGAGGGGACUAGGCAGGCAAAGUAAGAUAAUUCUGGCUUGCAUUUUGACAGAAUUAUGUGCCCUUUUUAUACUUAGAAAAUUGAAAAUUUUGGUUAAGUUUUGUGUUUAGGUCCAUUUUAUUACUUAAGUAUCAAAGCUAUUGCUUUCAUACUUGCAACACUUACUAACUAUCAUAAGGGGACUGUGCAGGCAAAGUUAUGUAACUCUGACUGGCAUUUUGACAGAAUUAUGUGCCCUUUUUAUACUUAGAAAAUUGAAAAUUUGGUUAAGUUUUGUGUUAGGUCCACUUUUUUCCUAAAGUAUCAAAGCCAUUGCUUUCAUACUUGCAACACUUACUAAUUAUCGUAAGGGGACUGUGCAAGCAAAGUUAUGUAACUCUGACUGGCAUUUUGAAGGAAUUAUGGGCCCUUUAUACUUGAAAAUUUGGUUAAGUUUUGUGUUAUGGUCCACUUUACCCCUAAAGUAUCAUAGAUAUUGCUUUCAUACUUGGAACACUCGCAAACUAUCAGAAGGGGACAGUAAAGGACAAGUUGCAUAACUCUGGUUGUCAUUUUUACCGAAUUAUGGCCCUUUUUUGACUUAAUAACUUUGAAUAUAUGGUUACAUUUUGUGUUUAGAUUCACUUUACUUCUAAAGUAUCAAGGCUAUUGCUUUUGAACUAUAAAUACUUUCAUGCUAUCAUGAGGGUACUGUACCUGGCAAGUUGAAUUUUACCUUGACCUUGGAAUGGCCUUGACUCUCAAGGUCAAAUUAUUAAAAAAAUUUAAAAUUGCCAUAACUUCUUUAUUUAUGAUUAGAUUCGAUUGAUACACACAACUCUUACCUGACAUACCACAAUUGACUCCAUCCAAACCAUCCCCCACUCCCCAGUUUAACUGUCUGUCAGUAUGUCAGUCAGUCUGUCUGUAAGUCCGAAAAAAACUUUCACAUUGGCCAUAACUUUUUCACUUUUGAAGAUAGCAACUUGAUAUUUGGCAUGCAUGUGUAUCUCAUGGAGCUGCACAUUUUGAGUGGUGAAAGGUCAAGGUCAUCCUUCAAGGUAAAAUUUAUGGUGUCUGUCCGUCCGAAAACUUUAACAUUGGCCAUAACUUUUUCAAUAUUGAAAAUAGCAACUUCAUAUUUGGCAUGCAUGUGUAUCUCAUGGAGCUGAACAUUUUGAGUGGUGAAAGGUGAAGGUCAUCCUUCAAGGUCAAAUGUCAAAAUUAUGGCGUCUGUCGGUCCGAAAACUUUAAAGGGGCCUUUUCACAGAUUUUGGCAUUUUUUUAACUUAUUUAUUAAAUGCUUUAUAUUGAUAAAUGUAAACAUUGGAUCAUAAAAGCUCCAGUAAAAAAUCAAGAAAAAAUUAAAAAAAGGAAAAGAACAUUGCCCGGAGCAGGUUUCGAACCAGCGACCCCUGGAGUCCUGCCAGAGUCCUGAAGUAAAAACGCUUUAGCCUACUGAGCUAUUCCGCCGAGUACACAUUCCUUACGUAUUUUAUAACUUAUAUAAGCAAUCUUCGUAGUUUCACAAAAUUUAACGACAAAAACAGAACUCUCCAAAUUAUUCAAUCGUUUCGUGUUGCAACGCUUUAUAAUUUUUAGGUUUAAAAAUCGUCAAAAGAUGCAUAUAAUGGCUAUAUUAGAGCAUGGUUAAUGUUCAGUAUUACUGUUUCCUCACAAAUAUCAUAACUAAAACAAAAACUUACGAAUCUGAAACAACUUUUUUCAAUUUUGUCAAUUUAACAAAGCGUGAAAAGAUCCCUUUAACAUUGGCCAUAACUUUUUUAAUAUUGAAGAUAGCAACUUGAUAUUUGGCAUGCAUUUGUAUCUCAUGAAGCUGCACAUUUUGAGUGGUGGAAGUUCAAGGUCAAGGUUAUCCUUCAAGGUCAUUCAAGGUCAUCCUUCAAGGUAAAAAAAUAAAAUAAAAAUUCAAAGCUGCGUUCUCAUGAAGCUGCACAUUUUGAGUGGUGGAAGUUCAAGGUCAUCCUUCAAUGUCAAGGUCAUCCUUCAAGGUCGAAGGUCAAAAAACAAAUAAAAAAUUUCAAAGUGGCAUUAUCAUGAAGCUGCACAUUUUGAGUGGUGGAAGUUCAAGGUCAAGGUCAUUUUUCAGGGUCAAGGUCAUCCUUGAAGGUCAAAGGUAAAAAAAAAAAAUCAAAGCGGCUUUAUCAUGAAGCUGCACAUUUUGAGUGGUGUAGGUUCAAGGUCAAGGUCAUCCUUCAAGGUCACGGUCAUCCUUCAAGGUCAAAGGUCAAACAAAAUAUAAAAAAAUUACAAAGCAGCGUUAUCAUGAAGCUGCACAUUUUGAGUGGUGGAAGUUCACGGUCAAGGUCAUCCUUCAAAGUCAAAAAAAAAAAAAAAUCAAAGCGGCGUUCUCAUGAAGCUGCACAUUUUGAGCGGUGGAAGUUCAAGGUCAAGGUCAUCCUUCAAGGUCAAGGUCAUCCUUCAAGGUCAAAGGUCAAACAAAAUAUAAAAAAAUUACAAAGCAGCGUUAUCAUGAAGCUGCACAUUUCGAGUGGUGGAAGUUCACGGUCAAGGUCAUCCUUCAAGGUCAAAAAAUAAAUAAAUUCAAAGCGGCGUUCUCAUGAAGCUGCACAUUUUGAGUGGUGGAAGUUCAAGGUCAAGGUCAUCAAGGUCAAGGUCAUCCUUCAAGGUCAAAGGUCAAAAAAAAAAUAAUUUCAAAGCGGCGUAUCAUGAAGCUGCACAUUUUGAGUGGUGGAAGUUUAAGGUCAUCCUUCAAGGACAAGGUCAUCCUUCAAGGUAAAAGGGAAAAAAAUCAUAUUUCAAAGCAGCUUUCUUAUAAAGCUGCACAUUUUGAGAUUUUUGAAAUACUGUCCAACCAUCCCACCCAAGAAUCUCCCCCCCCCCCCAAAAAAAAAGAAAUAUUUUUUUUUUGCAUUUUUUUUUUCAUUUUUGGAAGAUAAUGAAAUUAAUGACCACACCCCCACACUAUACACUCCUCUCCACUCCACCCCUCCAUCCUUUGUGAUUGAAAUUGAGAUAGGUCCCUGCACCUUUAAAAAGAAAAAUAGAUGGGCGGUCUGCACCCGCAAGUUGGUGCUCUAUUUUUUAAUGCAAUGUAACACCGAUCAAUCAUAGUGUAACAAUAAAAACAUGGCGACAUGCACGUUCGAAGUACAUAGAAGUGAACUUGAUAAACUGUGUGAGACGGAUGCUAAUAUUAAGAUAAAAAAAACUUUUAACUCUCAUAUUGGCGUUUUUCUCUUAACAAUAAAAUUGUUUUUGAAACAACAAGAAUAUGACGUACGUUAUGCAAAAAUGUGUCUUAUGCCACGUACGGAUCGCGUAGCUCCAGACCAGCCUGCACAUUCACAGUCUGGUCAGGAGCUACUCUCUGCGUUAAUCAAACCACGGAACCAUGCGUGUCUAUAUAACGUACCCGUUGGCUCCUAACUAAACUACUCUGGUCGCAUUUGACACAAGACCCUUUUUCGCAUGACGCGAUUCAUAUACCGAAAUCUCGUUUCUUUGUUGUGGAUUAUAAAAAUAUUAAUUUUAUCCUCAAAUCAAAGGUACACCAUGCAGAAUGUGUGUUCGGUAGAAAACACUUCAAAAGGCUCCAUGAAUGUCGUCUUCAUAGUCAACUGUAUUUAAUUUUCACAUUUACAAUAACUUGAAAGUAAAUUAUAAAUUUUUAUAGCUUUGCGUACUUACUUCUUGCUAACAUUGAUUUUUUCGAAGGUCAAGGUCAUCCUUCAAGGUCGAAAAAAAAAAAAAAUUCAAAGCGGCGUUCUCAUGAAGCUGCAGAUUUUGAGUGGUGAAAGUUCAAGGUCAUCCUACAAGGUCAAGGUCAUCCUUCAAGGUCAAAGGUAAAAAAACAAAACAAAAAUUUCAAAGCGGCGUUAUCAUGAAGCUGCACAUUUUGAGUGGUGGAAGUUCAAAGUCAAGGUCAUUCUUCAAGGUCAAGGUCAUCCUUCAAGGUCAAAGGUUUUUGUUUUUUUCAUUUAAAGCGGUGUUAUCAUGAAGCUGCACAUUUUGAGUGGUGAAGGCUCAAGGUCAUCCGUCAAGGUCAUCCGUCAAGGUCAUCAUUCAAGGUAAAAAAAAAUUAAAUCCAAGCGGCGUUAUCAUGAAGCUGCACAUUUUGAGUGGUGGAAGUUCAAGGUCAAGGUCAUCCUUCAAGGUCAAAAAAAAAUAUAAAAUUCAAUGCGGCGUUCUCAUGAAGCUGCACAUUUUGAGUGGUGGAAGUUCAAGGUCAAGGUCAUCCUUCAAGGUCAAAGGUCAAUUAUUUUUUUUAAUUUCAAAGCGGCGUUCUCAUGAAGCUGCACAUUUUGAGUGGUGGAAGUUCAAGGUCAAGGUCAUUCUUCAAGGUCAAGGUCAUCCUUCAAGGUCAAAGGUAAUUUUUUUUAUAAUUUCAAAGCGGUGUUAUCAUGAAGCUGCACAUUUUGAGUGGUCAUCCUUCAAGGUCAAGGUCAAAGGUAAAAAAAAAAAUAUUUCAAAGCGGCGUUCUUAUAAAGCUGCACAUUUUGAGUGGUGGAAGUUCAAGGUUAAGGUCAUCCUUCAAGGACAAAGGUAAAAGAAAAAAAAAAUUCAAAAUAGAGCAAUAGGGGGCAUUGUGUUUCUGACAAACACAUCUCUUGUUUUUUUCAAACAUGGUUAAAAACACAAAUAUUUAUUUUUAUAAUUUUUUUUUUGAAAUACAGUCCAAAUAUCCUACCCAAGAAUCCCCCCUCCCCCCAAUUUUUUUUUGCAUUUUUUUGUAUUUUUGGAAGAUAAUGUAAUAUGACCACACCCCCACACUAUAUACCCCUCUCCACUCCACUCCUCCCUCCUUUGUGAUUGAAAUUGAGAUAGGGCCCUACUUCUUUAAAAAGAAAGAUAGAUGACCGGUCUGCACCCGCAAGGCGGUGCUCUUGUUUUUCUGUUCUUAUUGUUGUGACUAUGAGCUGUAAAUGCUUAAGUCGUAGAUAAACAUUCUGUACUGUUCUGUUAAAUUAAAUUUUGAAAUAUAGCCGUUAUCUUCCUUUGCAUUUUAUUUGUGACGCACUUUAACAUUAUCUCAUAUUUAUCUAAUAAAACGAAAGAAUGAAA